AUGGCGUCCGCCACAAGCUUCUAUGACUUCAGCCCUGCUGAUAAAAAGGGCGAACCAUUCCCCCUCUCCAGCCUCAAAGGCAAGGUUGUCCUCGUCGUCAACACCGCUUCCAAGUGCAGCCUUGCCCCGCAAUUCAAGGGCCUCGAGUCCCUCUACCACUCCAUCAACGACGCCCACCCAGACAAAUUCGCCAUCCUCGGCUUCCCCUGCAACCAAUUUGCUUCCCAGGACCCAGGCUCCAACGACGAAAUCCAAACCUUCUGCGCCGUCAAUUACGGCGUCACCUUCCCUAUCCUUGCCAAAGUCGACGUGAAUGGCGACAAGGCCGAGCCAUUGUGGAAGUGGCUGAAGUCCGAGAUGCCGGGCUUGAUGGGCAUGAAGCGCGUCAAGUGGAACUUUGAGAAGUUCUUGGUCAGUGCGGAUGGGAAGGUCGUGAAUCGCUGGUCCAGUGUGACGAAGCCGGAGUCGUUGAAGGGGGCCAUCGAGAAGGAGAUUGAGAAAUCCAAGAAGGUAGACAGCGCUCCCGCGCUUGAGACUGCGGCGGAGGUUCCCACGGAACCCCAGGCGCAGUAG